UGCAUAUGUGCCUUUCUGAUUACACAACAUCCACAGAGCGCGCAAAGUCAACGAUACCCUCUCUUUCCCAAGAAACAAAGCGGGCAAGCGCUCCAGUAACUUAACCUGAUCUAAUGGUCCAAAGGCGUCCCUCGGCGCCCUUGCGUCUUUGGCACAUGAUAUACAUGAGACCGUGUCGGAGAAAAUCGACGGUGUUAUGCCUGCUAACCAUUGGUGCAGAGAAGCCAGCUCAGCUUCAAAGAAAUCCAUGUUCAUCUCACAUCUGUCACUUCAUCCCACCCAUCUUGCUCAUUUACCUCGAUGCCCUCAUGAAAUUGUGUACUUCAUUGAGACGUGCGUCAGCGUAACUUCCCAACCUCAGAACACGGCCACCCCCGGUAUUCAAGCAGCUUAAAAUGCACUUCUCGCGGGAUGUCGUGCUGCGGCUGAG